AUGGGUACGACCUCGUCAAGGGAAUAUUACGAAUAUCACCACCACCACCGCCACCACCAUCACCACGGCGCAAAGAAGCGCCUCUACCUCGAACCCCCCACCAACGGCGCCGUCACCGUCCGCACAAAGAAGACGACCUUCAUCCCGGCCCGCGAGCCCACCCCGCCCCCCGUCAUUGUCAAGCCCGCGCCCCCGCCACCGGUGGUUGUCGAACCCCCUCCACCCCCACCGCCCGUCGUUUUACCCCUCCCACCUCCGCCACCGCCGCCUGUCGUCGUCGUCCCAGAGCCCCUACCCCCUAUUGAGGUCAUCGCAGUCGACGUGGAGCCCUCGGUGAAGAGCAGCAAGUCGAGCAGGAGCAGCCGGUCAAGGAGCCACAGCCACUCGCGCAGAGGCAGCCGCGACAGGGAGAGGGAUAUCAGGGAGGUGUACGUCGAGCGGGAGAAGCUCGUGCCCGUGCGGGUGCCCUACCCCGUCCCUGUUCCCGUAGAGCCGCGGUACGAGACGUUCCGAUACGUCGAGGGCAGGAGGUACUCGCCGCCCAGGAUGCUGCCGCCGCCCCCGCCGCUCGAAGAGGAGAGGAUGAGGGUGACCAUCUCUGACCGGAGGAGGGAGAGGGAGUACAACUACAGGCGGUGA